UGAGAGUACUGGUUCCAAAUUGAGCAGUAAUGAUGUUACAACAUGCGCCCUCUAUCUGUUGCGUACCGUACCAUCAGCUAGACAUGGUGUAUUGGAGCACCUUAGUGGCGUCUUGGAUGAAGCAGUGAACAGGCAUUUUAUACAGUUAGAGCUUGGUUCAUCUGUUACCGAAACCAACACUGAGAAUGAAGAGGCGAUACUCCAAGAUAUCCAUGAAGUGCUUCUCUCAUAUAUUAAAUCCUCUCCUUUACACUGGGCACCCAUAAUCUCAACUUGGGCGAUAGAACUACUAGGAGGUAUAAGCAGUAAAUAUGCAUCCAAACGCGCCAUCCAGCACUCUUCAAACAGCCUCAAUGAACAACUGCAGUUUUGGAUGAGCUGUAG